AUGCCCGGUUUCGAAGUUCCAAAAGUCCUAACAGCAAUUGAUACACCGGACGAAACAAGGCCAUACCGAUACGAGACCGUAUAUGAUGUCCUGAAUGUUGAUAUGGUCAAUCUGGAUGCGUUGCUCCAAGCCUGGUCGUCUCCCAAGGCAAAGAUCACCCUCCUUCUAUACAGAAGACUUGACUUCGCAGCUCAUGAGGGGAAAGAGGUCCCUGCAGCAGGAGGGAUCAUUGUGGCAAACUCUCUAACUCCCCAAGAUACCCCCGAAAUCUUGGAAGACUAUCACGCCUGGUACCGACAAGAGCACAUCCACAAGCUCAUGAAGAUUCCUGGCUGGCGGACUGGAAGCCGAUAUCAACUGUUAGACCAACGUGGAGAGAUGGCUGAGUAUGCUGGUCCAUUUAUGGCUGUACAUCAGUACGACGAAGACAAUGCCCUGGGAGGAACAGAGUGGACACAGUCAAUUGUGUCGGAGUGGACGAAGAAGAUUGACCAGAGAAUGGCAAAGCGGCCGCACAGAAGAGUGUUCAAGAUUGAUCGUGUCGUAUCAUACUAA